ACUUCUGCGGGCACGAUGUCGCCUCCCAAAGAAAAUGUCAGCUUACUGUUCAAGUUGUACUGCCUCACAGUGAUGACCCUGAUCGCUGCAGCGUACACGGUGGCACUGCGCUACACAAGGACGGUGGAGGCAGAACUCUACUUUUCAACCACAGCUGUGUGCAUCACUGAGGUUAUCAAGUUGUUCUUGAGUGUGGGCAUCUUGGCUAAAGAAACUGGAAGUCUGGCAAGGUUAAUAACAUCUUUAAGAGAAAAUGUGUUUGGAAGUCCUAAAGAACUGCUAAAACUAAGCGUUCCAUCUUUGGUCUAUGCUGUUCAAAACAAUAUGGCAUUUUUGGCUCUUAGCAACUUGGAUGCAGCAGUCUACCAGGUGACAUACCAGCUGAAGAUCCCUUGUACAGCUUUAUUUACAGUCCUCAUGCUGCAGCGCACCCUUACUAAGCUGCAGUGGUUCUCUGUCUUCAUGCUGUGUGGUGGUGUUACCCUUGUUCAGUGGAAGCCAGCUCAGGCUACGAAAGUACAGGUGGAGCAGAACCCAUGGCUAGGGUUUGGAGCGAUUACUGUGGCUGUACUGUGUUCAGGAUUUGCAGGAGUUUUCUUUGAGAAAAUCUUAAAGAGUUCAGACACUUCCUUGUGGGUGAGGAAUAUUCAGAUGUACUUAUCUGGGAUUGUGGUGACCUUAAUUGGUGUGUACGUGUCAGAGGGAGCCCAGGUUCUGGAGAAAGGUUUUUUCUAUGGCUAUACCUACUACGUCUGCUUUGUCAUCUUUCUUGCCAGCGUAGGUGGCGUCUACACUUCAGUGGUUGUGAAGUACACAGAUAACAUUAUGAAAGGCUUUUCUGCAGCAGCAGCCAUUGUGCUCUCUACUGUUGCAUCAGUUCUCCUUUUUGGCCUCCAGAUAACUGCUACCUUCUCCCUGGGUGCUUUCCUGGUGUGUAUUUCUAUUUACCUCUACGUACCACGACAAGACACUACAAAAAUCCAGCCAGCAGAGACUAAGACCUCAAAAGAGAGACUUGCUGCUGUGUGACAGUGUCCAGAAAAAUGGACA